CGUUGAACUCAUUUCUACCAAGAACGCCAAUCGACAUCGCUCACUCACUCACAUGGUGCUGAAAGGUUCGCGUGGUUUGGUGGUUCGGUUUCUCUUCCGUCUUCCCUGUUUACCGUUUGCCGCAACCAACCAUUGACGGUUUGGGUGAUCACCUGCCUCGCCCACCUUUCCACCGCCUUCAUGACAUCCUAUCGUACGUUUCCGCCCGUGGACUCCAAGAAAGAGGAGUUCCGGAAAUACAUGGAAAAAAGUGGACUGUUGGAAAGACUGACUCUAGCCCUUGUGAGCCUCUUCGAAGAGCAGGAAAGGCCGGAAAAUGCAAUUGCCUACUUCAAAUCGCGCUUCGAUCCUGAGAAUUGGGAAGCCAGCAAUGAUGCCAUGAAGCAAGAGCUGGAGCAGGUGCGGAGGCAACUUGAAGAACUGCAGAUUGAGCACAAUCUGCUGAAAAUGCAGAUGGCCAAGGGAGUGGUGGAGGAGGCAAUUGUUGCAGAGCCUGAACAGUAGUCAUCCGUGUGCUGCAGAUUGAAUGGAAAUGGUUUCGUGUCUCUUUUUCGAGACACAUUUUUGCUAUUUUGAUGGUAGCGUUAGCUUCUGCCUACGUAUGACUCUUGAAGACGGAUGAUGCUUGUAUGUUUCAUUCAACACCCUGAAACGAGACACUCUUUACUUUAAUGUUUGCCUUUCCAUCCAUGACGUGUACCUCCCUCGGUUUACUGUACAUCAUGCCAGCAUGCCAGUGCUGGAAUUUUUUUACUGAAUGUUGAUCACGCUAGCAGCUAAGCAAGACAAAAUGCAUGAUGUUAGGCGUUGCGUAGCCUGCAUGCUAUAAGCUUUUUUUUUUUAAAGCUCACAACAAAGCUAGAAUAAAGGCUGUCAUUAGCAUAGCUGCCCCCGAAGCUUGUGGGGUGUUGCUAUCGCCUAAAGUGAUCACUCUGCCUGCGGACGAAAAUCGUGUUCCAUCUUGGUAGUGCGUGUGGUCUGCUCUAUCGGUAUCUUUUUUUCUGGCAUGCCGGUUUAUAAUAGUUCAAAUAUUUUUAAUCUUAAGAGAUUUUAUCUGCAAACAAAUGUAAAAAAAUGCUUAAGAAAGUAUUUUUAAGAAACAUGGGCACCUCUGCUGAGAAUUUCUAGAACGUGUUAGCAAGUAGCAGCAGCACUUAGUAAAGUAUCGCAUGUUUUUUUUUCCAAGCCACAGAGUUUAUUGCAUUCAGUCAGCCAGGAGUGCUGGAUACCAUCAUCUUUUAGUUCCUUGCAUUUAUUUUUUCGAAACCAGUGAUUGCAAUCGGCCACGUCUAUGGCUCUGUACGUGUUCAUACGGAACCAGCUAAGGUAGUGAAGAGCCCACAGUCAGCGCUCAUAGUACUUAGUUUGGUGGAAAAAGUCAUAUUUGUUAGAAGAGAUCUGUGUUAUUUUGUUUUUAUUUACUGCAGCAAAGGGUGAUUGCAAUAUGUGUGCCAUUUAGGUUAUCCUAGUUACUGUUUCUGUAUCCUCUUAUGCACUUGAUAAGCAUCAAGUUGUUCCUUUUUCUUCUUUUUUGAGCUCACAAUAAACUUGAUUGUGAUGAGACUUCA